AUGAUCGCCGUCAAGCAAGUCGAGAUUCCGCGGACGGCGAGCGACAAGAGCGAUUCGCGGCAGGUGACCGUCGUGGAGGCGCUCAAGCUCGAGAGCGAGACGUUGAAGGACCUCGACCACCCGAACAUCGUGCAAUACCUCGGCUUCGAGGAGACGCCGACGUUCUUGAGCAUCUUUUUGGAGUAUGUUCCUGGUGGGUCGGUCGGGAGCUGCUUGCGCAAGUACGGGAGGUUCGACGAGGACGUCACCAAGUCGUUUUCGGCACAGAUUCUCAGUGGACUGGAGUACCUCCAUUCCAAGAACAUCCUCCACCGAGAUCUGAAGGCGGACAACAUUCUCGUCGAGCAAACCGGCGUGUGCAAGAUCUCCGAUUUUGGUAUCUCGAAGCGGACGGACGACGUGAACGAGCAGGCGGUGCUCACCGCGAUGCAAGGCACGGUCUUUUGGAUGGCGCCCGAGGUCGUCAAUAUCGGCAAGCGGGGAUACAACGCGAAAGUCGAUAUCUGGAGCGUGGGGUGCGUGGUGCUCGAAAUGUGGGCGGGUGAGAGGCCAUGGCGGAAGGAGGAGGCCAUGGCCGUGAUUGUCAAGUUGUAUCAUCAAAAACAAGCGCCUCCGAUCCCGUCUGGUAUCACGCUCUCUGCGUUGGCGGACGACUUUAGGCGGAGGUGUUUCGCGGUUAAUCCUGACGAGCGUCCGUCCGCUGCCGAGCUGCGCAAGCAUCCUUACCUAGUCGUCCCGCCAGAAUGGACUUUCAAGGGUUUCAGCUUCAAAGACACUUUGAAAGAGGACGCUUCGUACUGA